CUUAAGUCAUCAAAGGCAAACCACAUCCGAAGGAGUGGUUCAUCCUCUUCCUCGUGUUGCUUCUCGAUCUCGUUGCAGUGACGGCCACUUCAGGUCUUGGAAAUGGCUGAAACUUCCUCAUCGUCAAUGGCAAGCAAUAGAGAAGGGUCACUUUGCUCCUGCAAUGUGUGGUGGAGAGCGAGAUUACGAUGAAAACGCGAUGGAUAGAGAGAGAGAGAGAGAGAAGCUAACCGAAUAAUAAGGAGCAGUGGUGACAACGUUGAUAGGGAUAUCGGCGGGAGAAAGGGAAUAGGAAGAAGAAAAAGAGAGCGCAAAGAAUGAAGCCUGAAAGAGCUGCGUGGAGCCAUUUUUAAUGAAAAUGCGGCUAUUAUGUAUCUCUGCGUUGCCAAGUAGAGCAUGAAGCAAUGGUGUCUCUGAGCUUAGGCAUCAUGGACCAACACACACUCCUCAAAUUGCCCGCAAACCUUCAUCACCACCGUACAUUCGUCACUCAUCUUCCUCUGAGAAGCAUUUGCAUUAGUAGGGGCAAGCCAUUGUUGUGGAGAGGAACUGCGUCGGGAAGCCUUCGAUGCCUCUGCCUACACAUCCCUGUCCGCCCUACUUCCGCCUUCAAAUGUAGUCUGCGCUUUGUCCCCGUUUUCAUAGAAAACCUCCUUUCAUCAAACUUGCUCUCUCGUAUGGAACACACCUACACCAAUUUAUGCGUAACAUUCAGAAUAUUACACGUUUCGGAUUGGAUCCAAUUGCUAGAAAAGAACAAUCUUAUGAAUAAUUGGGCAAAAUUGAAUCAAGAAAGACCAUGAGAUGGAUUUUGCUGACAGGUUUGCGUUGGUGAGAGGGUUAUAGUGGUGACUGGCAAUUCAACGCAAGGUAGAUUCCCCAUUUUAGCCUGAUGUGUCCCUCCCAAAUAGGAUGCCAAC